ACAGAAGGGCGUGUGACAAAAAAGAAAAGCGGCUGUCAUGGAGAAAUACAGACUAAUGCAAUCUAAAAGCUAAAGAGGAUGGAGAUACGGGACCAGUGGGUAGCUUGAGGUCCUCGGCAGAGUUUCCCUGAGCUCCUCUCCCUCCUGCCACACAAGUAAACGCACUGUCGUCUCUGCCCGAUGAAGCAUGUUCAGAGAGUCCGCUGCACUAGAGCAAGGCACCAUGUGGAAGGAACCGUCUCACCUGAUUUAGCGGUGCGCGUCAGGACCGGAGCUUCUCCAUUUGCGCAUUUGUUGAACUCUGGAUAGCGGCUCCAGCGGCACUCAGACGCGCGCACAGACAAAGGGGGGAUGCCGGGCUGGAGGCACGGGGGAUCGGGGCUGUGGGACGCACUUUCUGUGGCGCUGGUGGUGUCUGUGAUGUGUUGCGCCCAGAGCGUUAACGAGCCCGGGAACAUGUCCUUUGUCAAAGAGACGGUAGAUAAAUUGUUGAAGGGCUACGAUAUUAGACUUCGGCCAGACUUUGGAGGUCCGCCAGUUGCUGUGGGCAUGAGCAUAGACGUGGCGAGUAUAGACAUGGUGUCAGAAGUCAACAUGGACUACACACUGACCAUGUACUUCCAGCAGUACUGGAGAGAUAAGAGGCUGGCGUAUGCGGGUAUCCCUCUGAACCUUACCCUGGAUAACAGAGUGGCUGACCAGCUCUGGGUCCCAGACACGUACUUCCUCAACGAUAAGAAGUCCUUUGUCCACGGAGUAACAGUGAAAAACCGCAUGAUCCGCCUGCACCCCGACGGGACGGUCCUGUACGGGCUCCGGAUCACGACAACAGCAGCCUGUAUGAUGGACCUGCGGAGAUACCCACUGGACGAACAGAACUGCACUCUAGAAAUAGAGAGUUAUGGAUACACCACAGAUGACAUAGAGUUCUACUGGAAAGGAGGAGAGACCGCUGUGACCGGAGUGACCAGGAUUGAGCUGCCUCAGUUCUCCAUCGUUGAUUACAAACUGGUGUCCAGAAAUGUGGUGUUUUCUACAGGUGCCUACCCUCGACUGUCUCUGAGCUUCAAACUUAAGCGAAACAUUGGCUACUUCAUCUUGCAGACCUACAUGCCCUCCAUCCUCAUUACCAUACUGUCCUGGGUCUCCUUCUGGAUAAACUACGACGCUUCGGCCGCCAGAGUAGCUUUAGGUAUCACCACUGUGCUGACCAUGACCACCAUUAACACACAUUUGAGGGAGACUCUACCCAAGAUCCCUUAUGUGAAAGCCAUAGACAUGUACCUGAUGGGCUGCUUCGUCUUCGUCUUCCUGGCGCUGCUUGAAUACGCAUUUGUCAACUACAUCUUCUUCGGACGCGGCCCCCAGAUGCAGAAGAAACUGGCUGAGCGGGCGCAAAAGGCCAAUAAUGACCGCAAUAAAUUCGACAGACCCAAGGUGGACUCCCAGGGAAACAUUCUCCUCACCACUUUAGAGAUCCACAACGAGGUGGGCACCAACGAGAUCACCACCACCACCCUGAGCGACACGCACAACUCCUCCUCCAUGAUCUUUGACAGUGUGGGCGGGGUACAGUACAGGAAGCCAAGCUCGGCACGGGAGUCUGGGCGGCACAGUUUGGACAGGAAUGCACAGCUAAAGAGGACGAGACUGCGAAGACGCUCCUCCCAACUCAAGAUCAAAAUCCCAGAUCUGACCGAUGUAAAUGCCAUAGACAGGUGGUCACGGAUCAUCUUUCCCUUCACGUUUUCUUUAUUCAACCUCAUCUACUGGCUCUACUAUGUCAACUAAACUUUGUCUAAUGGUUUAAAGACACUUUUUUAUGUCAGAGAGGAGACUACGAUGGCCAAUGGGGAAUCUCCAGUGUUUCGCAAAGACAUUCUUGUAAAUGACUGUUGACUGUUGGAACUCCCAUGAAGACAUUUUAUGAGAUGAACAAAAAACAGAUCUGAAGUGGUACAGACAUUGAUAUUAUUUAAUAGAGGCAAAUCAACUGAUGUGAGCAGAUUACAGUGGCCCUGAAGGACAAGUUACAGCAAUCAAAAAUCAUCAUACUUUUUUUUUUCUUUUUACGUCACUUAGUCCUACUUCUCUAAUUUAUCUCAGUUUAUCUUGUCUAGAUGCCAUAGCUGUCCUGUGGCAGACUAAUGGAAACAUGGCAAUGAUUCUGUGCCAAUAAGCUCAAAGGCAAUAUGAAAUGCAGAAGUAGAAUUUAAACGUCUAAUUUAUCAAAUGUGCAAAUGUGUCUGUGAUUAGAACCUUCUGUUUACUUUUUUAUUGAAAACCAGAGAGUUUUUUAUUACCAACCAACCCAAUUGAUUCUGAUUCUGAUUUUUUACAUUUAUCAAGUAAUUUUUACUCAUUCUUUUUUGUGGUUUGCUUUAUUGUUUCUUGUCCAAUCUGAUUUCCUGUUGUGACUUGACCACCAGAGCCACCGUAGUCCACACAUCUUUAACAUGCAUGGACCAAACAUUACACAUGUAACUUUGCCUUGAUGCCGCUGCAGUUCACUUGUUUUGAAGUGAAUCAAGAGACUGUUGUUUGACUUUUUUCAGGAUGUCAUAACUGAAGCUUGUUCAAGGGCAGUUUUUAUUAUAACAGUUUAAACCAGCAUUUUAUAAAAUAUGUCCAAUCAUCUCUGCCAUUACCUACAAGAAUCAGGAAACAUUGUUUGUCUCGAGUACUGAUCUGAUUUGAAACCUUUUUAAGGCCAAGCAUUUAAAGGGAUAGUCCAGUAUAUGUAAAAGGAUUUUUGAUUUGUUUGAACUUAAUUUGACAAGGAAAGUCACACUGAGGUUCAGAAUAUUUUUUGCAGUGGAUUCCAUUGUCAUUGCUCCUGUCUACAUACCCAAAGUUGUGACCAUAAUAACAAAACUAUAAUAUCUAAUACAAUACAUACAUUAUUUACAUGUCUGUUCUAUAAUCCUUGGGGCCUAAUGGAUUUAGAGUACUGGUCUAUCCCUUUAAGAAAUGAUACCAAUGUAAGUUAAAGUCAGCCUGCCUUGUGUGUCUCAACUUUGACAUGCUUCUUGGUAAUUUGUUGAGAUUUCAUGCUAGGCUCUGCUAACAUAUCUGGUAUCAUCUAUUUAACCUGUCACUCCAAGGCUCUGACUCACCUGUACAGUUGUGUAUAUGGUCAGUUUACACUUUGUCACUGUAUUUCAGAGACUCUGACAUCCUCCGAGUGAACACUAUCACCAAUCAGCCAUAACAUUAUGACCACUGAAUAUCAUUGUACUUGAAUCGAGUAAAUGUGAUGGUUAGACAGUUGUAUCAGAGCAUCUUCAAAGCUGCAGCUCUUGUGGGUUGUCCGCAAUGGCCAGCAGCAAGUGGUCCUUGGAAGGAGCGAUAUAUUUUAACAAAGGAACUACUCUCAUUAAAAAAUGUGGUUAAUGCCAUGUUUUUAUAUAAAAUCUGUUGCUUAAAAUGUGGGUGGUCUUAGUGUUAUGCCUAAUUGAUGUUAAUUUAUUUGUUCAACAUCCUGGCAUUUCUUCAUUCUUUCUGAAAAGUGGAUGUACAUACUCUUUUAAUUACACUGAUUUGUUGUUGUUUUGCUCAGUGAUUCAGGUCUCGCCAUUCUAAUUGUUAGUUUUCACAUUUCUUAUUUGUGUUGUAAAUAUAAAACUCUUACAACUU